AUGGACCUGCAGGAAUUCUGCGGAUCAGCCCAACCCAUGCAUUUACGAGGUUUUGCUGGGUCGGGACAGACAGUUCGAAAAUGGCUCAGUUUUUUCCCAAAUGCAUAUUUCAGUCUAUAUGUUGGGGAACAGCCCGUGAACCGGCCAUUAGAUGUAUUGACGGCCAUACCGAAAGAGCGCUUACUUCUGGAGUCGGCGGCACCUGUGAUCAUUGAGGCAGGGACCACCCCGCUUAUCUCACCCGUAUACGUCGGGGACGUGGGAAUAUAUAUUGCACAAUGGUUGAACGUGGACAUCGCACUCCUAGCAGAAGUUACUACUGCGAACGGUCGGAGGCUGUUCAAACCUGUGCAAAAGAAACAAUAA